CCUGGAAAACCCAUCAACAAUUUCCGUGCACCGUAUUUACACACCGACUAUUCACACUGCUAAUACAACAUGGCGAUUGAAACCUCAGUCACGCUUCAUGGAAGAACAUACACUCUCCCAACUCAACCAACCGUCAUAAUCUGCGUCGAUGGCUUCGACCCAGAGUACCUCCAGGAAGGCAUUGCUGCGGGAAUCGUCCCCAAUCUCGCUGGCUUCGUCAAAAACGGCUUCCAUGCCACUGCACAUUCGUGCAUGCCUUCUUUCACCAAUCCAAACAAUGUUUCCAUCAUCACGGGCUCACCACCUGCUGUACACGGCAUUGCAGGCAAUUUCUUCCUCGACAGCGAAACAGGCGAAGAGAAGAUGGUCACCGACGACACGCUCUUGCGCGGCGACACGAUUUUGCAAUUGAUGGCACAGCGCGGUGUCCGCGUCGCUGCGGUCACUGCAAAGGACAAGCUGCGUCGCAUUCUAUCGCAUGGACUACGUGGGACGAACGCGAUCUGCUUUUCGUCCGAGUAUGCUGAGAGCUGUACGAUUGAAGAGAAUGGAAUUGAAGAAGUGGAGGCUUGGAUCGGAAGAAAAGCACCCCAACAAUACUCCGGCGAUCUAUCCAUCUACGUGCUCGAUGCGGGAGUCAAACUGUUGGAGGAAAACCGGGCCGAUCUGUUAUACCUCACGCUCUCGGAUUACAUCCAACACAAGCAUGCGCCAAACUCUGCUGAGGCGAACGAAUUCUUUGUGGCUUUGGAUGAUCGUAUCGGCAAGAUGGUCAAGCGUGGCGCCGUGGUGGCCGUUACUGGAGACCACGGAAUGAGCGACAAGUGUGGAGACGACGGUAAACCAAACAUCUUGUUCCUGGAGGAUGUCCUUACUGCGAGAUGGGGACCGAAAGCAGCGAGAGUCAUCUGUCCCAUCACGGAUCCCUUUGUGCGCCACCAUGGAGCCUUGGGUUCUUUUGUGCGCGUUCAUGUGAAGGACUGGAGGGAUGUGCUUGAGAUGAUAAAGCUGUGUGGGACUCUGCCGCAGGUUGAGUCAGUGCUUAGUGGGCAAGACGCAGCGAGGGUGUAUGAGAUGCCAUUGGAUAGGGAAGGCGAUUUCGUGGUGGUCUCAAAGAAGAACGCGGUUAUUGGGGGUUGCGAGGAGGAACAUGACUUGUCCAACAUCAUCGACCAUCGGCUCCGCUCGCAUGGAGGACUUUCGGAGCAGGAAAUCCCUUUGCUGUUGUCGAAGGCGGUGCGAGAUCAUGAUCUGGCAGUGAAGCAUGGCUUGUGGAGGAACUACGACGUGUUUGACCUAGCAUUGAAUUGGUAA